GACACCUGCGGUACUUGCAGAAAGAACCACCGCACUAAUGAUUGCAAUGCCUACCGCACCCUCUACUGUGUUAGCUGCAACUCGGACAACCACGCCAGCUGGAACCGGAACUGUCCCGAAUUCGAGUCCAGGUGCGCAGGGAUAGACGCCAAACAUCCAGAAAAUUCCAUGCCGUUCUUC